AUGGAUACCUCGCUCGUUUUCAGUAGCUCAGCUGACGUUUUCGGUGUGGACGUUAGGUACACGUACAAAGUUGAUGACAAAACGAACUUUGUACUGCGUGGACUAGCGAACAAAGAAAAGCCUAAACCUUUCGAUCACCACUCGGGAGAGUAUAUCCGGGGUUGCCUGGUGCAUCACUUCCGCACCGUUCCCGACUGGCCAGUGGAUGUGAAGCUAAUUGCCUGGGCUGCGCAGGGUAAGAACCAAGACCGCUGGGGCGUUAAAGCCGUCGCUAUGAAAACGCUCGCCGUUGAUGAAGAUACAAAAGCAGAAGCGCGUUUGGUGUUUUCAAAUCGCCCCCUAGCGGAGAACCGCAAUAGUCUGCUCUAUGGAACGCUGAAACGUACCUUCCGUAUUGCCGACGAUGAAUGGGUGGGCGGCCUCCAGUGUCGCACGGACGGACGUUGCGUUCUCGGGGUUCGGAACGGAAUGCUGAGCGUCCAAAAAGUGCUUUCCCAGGGUGGACCGACUGGUGAGCCUGGCGAGUGGCGGGCCAAGUACUCUCUCAGUGGUAAUGCACCUAGGCUCUUCUUCUAA